UAUUAACUGAAGCACGAAAGUAUACUACUUUUAUUACCAGCAAUUUGAUUGCAUGUCAAGGAAAAACAAACUGUUGUCUACGUUCAGCUCCUUAUCAAACGACAUCUUUAUCAACUUUGUAUUCGUCCACCUGAACACAAACAAGGUGUGCGUGAAAAUCUCAACACGGCGGAACAGGACCAAUAUAUUUUAUUUCUUGAGUAUUUGAUACCCAGUUUUUAGGGAACGUGAUUGAAAAUGCAGAGGCACAUUACAGACAGGGUGGAUUUCUCUAAGUUUGGAGUUCCUAGCUGGAGGAUAGAACAGAGAUAUGCGCCUGGAGUUUUGAUUGGCAACUGGUCAGAGGAGCGACUGGCGUUUCCAAAAGGCAAAUAUCAGCAUAACUCUACAAAUCGAGUCGACUUCAAAAACUAUGGCUCGGUUGAGCCAGACGUAUUGUUGCGUCGCAAAGCAAAGCUCGGCAGUGAGGGCAUCCCCGCGGACAUGCUGUUUCGCCACCAUGGCCGUGCUUAUGACAACAUGAUGAUCACUUUGUACGAUGAAAACUAUAACGGCAGAUGGAAGGAGAGGGACAUGCCCCAUCUGCGGUCCUGGGAUGGCCAAAAAUUGGGCUGGCUCCCUGAAAGAACUGAUCAUCCCCUCAGAGGGCCCCCCACCAACUUUGGACUGAAGGAACACGUUGAAGCCCAGCAGUUGGCCAGACAGCAAGAGAUGAACCGCCCGGACUUUGAGUCCACUUACUCAGGCUCCUACAAGGAUCAGCCUCUGGACUCGAUGCGCUUCACAAGAUAUGCCACCCCGAAACAUCUGUCCACCACCCUGCUGCCGUCCAACAAGUCGAACAAUGACCUUCACCUUCGUGGCAAGCCCAAUUUGAGACUGCCGGAGAUUAUGCCUGCGGAGCUUACACAAAUUUCUGUGUAGAAAUAAAUGUGUGUGCCUUAAAUCAUACAGGUUGGAACACCUGCUAUUGCUCAUACUGAAUGAAGUUUUUUGCAGCCAUAUAUGGUGAUGUAGAUGAAGCGGAGCUUGGGGUUUGAAAGAACAGUAGUUUUUGGCGGAAAGUUUCUUACAACAUAAGAUAUAUAGGCUCGCACAUUCACAGCAGAGACAUGGAAGCAAAAAUGAAUUUGUUUAGAAAUCAAAAGGUUGGAUUUUAACCUCGUAACCCCAUGUCUUGAAUCUAUGUAGAUGUAAAAGGGAAUACUUUUACUCGUAGUGGUGGAGUUUCAAAAAACAAAAGUGGUCUCUUAAACUGCUAACAUAAGGAGAGGCCCAUAAAGGAAAAUUUGUUCAAAAAGUGAAAAACGUAUGAUCAUUCUUUAAAAUGUUUACAAGUCGAAAGCAAUGUUUAUCUGAUCCUAGAACUAUUUUGCCCUUCAUGGAAGAACAGUUUAUCUCGUGUAUUAUGGUUUGUGAUGUCGAGAUUUGUUUGAUUAUUUUACUGGUCUGUGGUUCAAUUGUUCCAAUAUCAUAACUGAAAUAAUCUGUGAUAUCUCUGUACAGAUUUUAUGUGUCCGUAUUGUGUAAUAUUUUUCAUUGAAGAGAAUGUUUGCCAUUAGUCUCUCUUCUUUCAUUUGAAUCUCUUUCAGUUAGUUAAUGUCUAGAGGCGUCGUUUUGUUGUUUUCUUCAGAAUCAUCAAAGGAGACUUUAAAAGAAUUUCACUGGAUAUAUUGCAAUUCUUCUGACUCUGAUUCUAAAUUCAUUCGGUACGUAUAGGCGGUUUGGACAAUCUUUUUUUUUGUUUUGUUUUUUUGUUGUUGUUUUUUUUUAUCACGUAUGAAUUAAGGUAAUGCAUCUAGGGAAAAGCUUAAGCAAUCUGUAGUUGAUGCCUGAAGUGACCUUCAUGGUCAAUAGUCUGGAGAGUAGAUUUUCUUCCUGUUUCAUUGUGUUACAAAUCUUUUGAAACUCUGACUUACUUUUAAGAUUUGUUUUGUACAGAGUUAUAAUAAAAGGUUUCUGAGACUAAUCCAUAAUAUACGUGUUCAUGUUUGUACAAAUAAACGGUUUCCAGUAUUACCUA